ACGCGCCUCGUCACGCCCCCAAAAAGAUCUCUCCUUCUCUUUCUCUCUUUGUUGAUCUCGAUCUCGAGGUCGCCAAUGGAGGCCUUGAGCUUUCUCUGCCACCCGACCCCCACCACCUCCAGGCCCUACAGUGCCAUCGCGCUCCCCCCGGUCAUCAAUCGCCCUCUCUCUUGCUCUUCUCGGAGGUACCGGAAACCCCUCCUCGUGUUGUGCUCUUCCUCGGUUGGGGGAGAAGGGGGAGAUGAGGAGAGAUCGGGCGCGCGAGGAGGAUACGAUUCGGAUGUUGAGAGGGCGCUUGGGAUGGAUGGGAGCAUCCCUGGGAGCUCCUCCGAGUUCGUGAGGCGCGUCUCCUCUCGUGCCUACGAUAUGCGCCGGCAUCUCAACCAGUCCUUGGAUUCCGUUAGCUAUGAUGUGGUGGAAACCAACCCAUGGAGAGAAGAUUCAAAGCCUGUUUAUGUGCUAACUCAGAGAGAAAACCAGCUUUGGACAAUGAAAACACGCAGGAAUCGAAGUGAAGUGGAGAGGGAGCUUGGGUUACUGUUUUCCAGGAGUGCAAAGCAGGGAUCUGAGACUGGUAACAAAACUAAACACUCAAGAGCUGGAACCAAGUUUCACAUGCUUGUUGAAGAUAUCAGGGAGGGUGUGCUGGUGUUUGAAGACGAAGAUGAAGCUGCAAAAUACUGUGAUCUUCUAGAAGGCGGAGGACAAGGCUGCGAAGGCAUUGCAGAAAUCGAUGCAUCCUCGGUGUUUGAUCUUUGCCACAAGAUGAGGGCUCUUGCCGUCCUAUUCCGCCGAGGAAUAACACCACCAUUGCCUAAAAGCCUCGAGCAGAACUUACGGGCCCGGAAGCGUUCCCUCGAAGACUAAUACCAGAACAUUCGAAGAAGCUGUAUACUUGUAACAAAAACAUAUUUUGCAAUCUUACACUAUAAUUAAUUGUUAUACAAAUCAAUGAGAUUCACAGCAGAUCAAGUAAAAUAUAUAAAGCCACAUGUUACAAUU